AUUAAGUGUCUUCAUUUGUGGGUGUCACUUCGACUCGUGCACACUUUAUUAGCGUAAAAAUCUCAUUACAAUGUUUUCAAUUAAUAUCAUGCAAAUCUUUAUUUUAAUCCAAUUAAUUGUCCACUGUUCAUACGCACAACGCGACAAGAAAUUCUUCAGAAGAGAUUAUAAAUUUUUAGAGGACACGCAAAGUUUUUAUAAGAUUCACACUCUGGCAAGAACUUGGCAAGAUGCAAGACGUACUUGCAAAUUGGAAGGUGGUAGUUUAUUUUAUCCUGAAAACGAGGAAGAGGCAAAUGCCGUAAUUAAAAUGUGGACCGACACCCAAUCUGUAAUUGAUCAUAUUUUUAUUGGUAUAUCGUCCUUGCUUGCUAAAGGUGUUUUUGUUACUGUCGAUGGAGUUUCAAUAUCAAACGUAUACCGCAAUUGGGCGAAAGGUGAACCGAAUAAUGCGUCCGGCAAUCAAGACUGUGUGAAGUUAAACAAGCUUGGCUUUCUCUAUGACUAUAAUUGUAAUGUCCAACAUUCCUUCAUUUGCAAGAAAACUUUGGCUUCUUUGGAAUGGAAUUAUGCUUGUAACAUGCCUUAUACUGAUUAUACUUAUUCUAAAACAUUAGGAAGAUGUUACAAAUUUCACCUGACACCUAAAAAUUGGACUGAAGCAUAUGCUACGUGUAAUGCAGAGCAAUCAUUCUUAGCUAUAAUUCAAAACCAAGCCGAUGCUGAUUAUUUAGUGAAACUCACUAAAGAAGCACCCAAGGAUUCUGUUCAAGGGGACUAUUUAAAAGGAGCUGUAAUAUUGGGAUUUCAUAACUUAAACGACGAGGGUUGGAAUACUAUUAGAGGAACGGCUCUAGAAAGAACUGGAUAUUCUACAUGGGGCUAUCGACAGCCCGAUGGGGGCGACAAAGAGAAAUGUGGAUCCAUGUUCUACAAUGGCCAUCUGAACGAUUUAGGAUGUCAUCAUAAGUGCUUCUUCAUAUGCGAAAAUGAUGACAUUGGUGUAGAUUUAGCUUUCGAUGAGAGAUUUGAAUCUUUUUAGAUGUUUUACUAUGUAGAGAGAUAAAUCAAAUUGGUAUGUAAUAUUCUAUACGAGUAUAUAGAUAUAUAGUGCUGUGUGCAAUCAUAAUUAUUGUUACAGCAAUAAACACUGGGAAUCUCUACAGGAAAAUCGUAAUAAAUAUUAUACGCUUAAGAUAGCCUCAACACCUAAUUAUCAGCAUCUCCUGUAUUGUUUCACACAUAUAUACGCGAUAGUAUAUUAUUGUAUAUAGUAAUAACGUACAAGAAUAUGGCUGGGUAUCUAUGCAAACUUGACUAAGACCAUAGAAAAGAUGGUCUGUUUGUAAAUAGUGUUGUGGCACUAUCGUAAAAUAAUAAUAAUCAGUGAUUUUUAUAAGUUACUCAGAAAUAAUAUGUGGGUGUGUAUUUAAAACA